AUGGAAUUUGAUUUACCUGAUAAUGUUCAAAAUGUUUCAACUAAAUUAUCAAGUUCAAAAGAAAUAAUUUAUUGUAUCAUUCUUCAAUUAUUAUGUGGUAUUCAGAUAUCAGUAUUUUUUACAUCUAUGUGGCAAUAUAUAGUAUCAAUUGUUCCAUCAUUUUCAAUGCAUUUUUAUGGACUUUUAAUUGCUAUAUUUAGUGUUGGUCAGGCUAUAUCAUCUCCAAUCUAUGGUGGUUUAAGUAAUAAAUUAGAAACACGAAAUAGUUUAGUUAUUUUUGCUUUAAUUUUAAUGGCUUCAGGAAAUUUUUUAUAUGGAUGGUUAAUAAAUUUAGAUAAAGAUUGGGUUGGAGUUGCUGCUGUUGUAGCAAGACUUUUUGUUGGUUUUGGUAAUGGAAUUUUAAGUGUUAUAAGAGCUUUCAUUGCAACUGUUGGUGAUAAAAAAAAGAGAGCCAGUAAUAUUGCUGCUGGUAUGGGAUCAUUUGUUCUUGGUAUUGCUUUAGGUCCCACAAUACCAAUGAUUUUUUCUAUUUUUGGUUCUAAAGGUUAUCGAUCAAUGGGUAUUGUUAUUAAUUUAUAUACAGCUCCAGCCUAUUUUAAUGUUAUUGUUUUUUUAAUAAUGAUAAUAAUAUUAAUAUUUUUUAUUGAUCUUUCUGACAAACAUUUAUAUUUUUCGGAUGAUGUUUCAUUAUGUUCAAAAAAUGAUGAUGAUUCAGAAAAUGUUAGUAAUAUUGUACAAAAUAAAAUUCGCCUAAUUCCAACAAUAUCAUGUAUUAUUCUUUAUGUUUCAAUACAAUGUGUAUCAACAAAUGAUGAAGUUAUAGCAGCACCAUAUACUAUAGCAAUGUAUAAUUGGAAUAGUACAGAGGCAGUUAGAUAUAAUGGAAUAUUAUUAACAUUUUGUUGUUUAUUAAGUCUUGUAUUUUAUGGUUUAAUAGCAUGGGGUCCAUUGUUACAUUCUGAUAAAAGAAAAGUUAUUUUAUGUGGUUUAAUUAUGUUUAUUACAUAUCAUGCUGCAAAUAUGCCAUGGCCAUUUUAUGAUGGUCCACUUAAUUAUAUUCCUGCAAAUGCUACCAGUCUUGAUGAAGUAGGAGGAUGUCUAAGAUCAUAUAAAUGGUGUGAAAAUGCUAAACGUGUACCAUUAUAUGUAUAUAUAAUUAGUGAAAUAAUUGGAUUUGGAUUAGGGUACCCAUUAACUUCAGCACCAUUAGGAGCAUUAUACUCUGAAAUACUUGGUCAUUGUAAACAAGACUUUAUGCAAGGUGUAAUGGAAUUUUUUGGAUCAAUGGCACGUUGUUUAGGACCAAUAUUAUCAACAUAUCUUUUUGAAACUACUGGAUAUAAAUAUGCAAUGGGUUUUCAAAUAAUUAUAUUAUCAUUUUCUUUUUCAUUAUUUGUUAUAUUUUAUAAUAGGUUAAUAUCUGCACAUUAA